ACUUUUUCUCUGUCUGUGUUCAAAGAAAUUCGCCUUUAUUUCACUUCUUAGUAUCUUUGAUUCUUCGUACACUGAAAACAAUUAGGUAUUUCUAUUAUUGUAUUUUGUUUCAAGCUUAUUCGAUUACUUAAUUCUCGAAUGGGUCACUUCUCUCUUUGCAUUUAAACCCUUUUUCAUAUGCUGUCGUGCUGUUAUUCGGUUUUUUCUGUAACCUAUCUAAUCAAUGUUGGUUUGUUGGGUAUCAAAUGUUGAUUGUUUUUGCCCAUUUUGAAUUGGGUGUUUGUUUUCCUCCGUAGUCUGUCCUCUUUGAUUUUCACCCUUAUCUCUGAAUUUUGAUUAAUAAUUCUAUUGUCUUUCUGCCCUCAAAUUCUAGUCUGUGUCUUGAUUUCAAAUGGGUUUGUGUUGAUUAUAGACUAGAUUUAUUUUUUCUCAAAUCUGUUCCUAUUGUCAUUAUAUGUGAAAGGGUUUUGCACAAUGCAAUUGCUUUGUGUUACAUUAUUCUAUUUUGUUACUGGUUUCACCAAAUUCAGUUAAUCUAUAUUUAUAUUUUCUUUACAAAUUCUUCUAUUGUUCUUGCUUGCACGCCAACUUGUUUGUGAUUCUAUACAUUGAAUUCGACUGAAUAAUCUGACGGAAGUCUUUAAAAAUCUUGUUUAUGGUCAUUCCAAGGGUGUAUAAUUUCAAAGUGGGACAUAUACUAUUGAAUUCCUUAAGUAAAGGAGAGUUCAUAUGUUAUUUUUCCUCACUUGAUAAUUUUGUUAAACACACAUGCAUAAUUCAAAGGAGAAAUUUACGGAAAUAGAUAUAUCAGAGGGUGCUGGUGGGAGCAAACAGUCUUCAAGCUUCGAGGAACCUCAGUCUACUAAAAAGAAGGAUAAAUCUAUCCACCCACCCAUUGAAAGCCAUUGGCAUUUACCUCUUCAAGAAGAUUCCAAUCGAUUCUCCUGGUCAAAUUUUAGGCUCAUGUCAAUCUUAUCUUACCCAUUCAAGUUUCGGGAUUCAAUGAAGAAAACCCGAAGGAGCAGAAGCUUGCAAGUAGUUCUUGAAGGAGCUCAUGAUCCAAAAGAUGAACAAAUUGUUGAGUCCUUCCGUGAAUUGCUUUUUAUUGAGCAUCCACAGCCAAUCAAGCAGAAUGAUUAUCACACGCUCUUACGAUUUCUACGAAUGAGGGAUUUUGAUUUAACAAAUGCAAAAGAGAUGUUUCUAAAGUAUCUUAAGUGGCGAGAGGAGUUUGGCGUUGACGCAAUUCCAAAGGAAUUUAAGUUUGAAGAGUGGAGAGAGGUUAAGAAAUGUUAUCCUCAUGGAUUUCAUGGAGUUGAUAGAUAUGGUAGACCGCUAUAUAUAGAAAGGAUUGGUAUGGUAGAUCUUAAUGCCUUCCUACAGAUAACUACUAUUGAUAGAUUCGUGAAGUAUCACGUGUCUGAACAAGAGAAAACAUUAAACUUGAGAUACCCUGCAUGUUCAAUCACAGCCAAAAAGCAUAUAGCUUCCACCACGAGCAUAUUUGAUGUGAAGGAUGUGGGACUUUCUAAUUUCUCAAAGCCUGCAAGAUAUCUCUUUAUGGAGAUUCAAAAGAUUGACAGCAAUUAUUACCCUGAGACUCUACAUCGACUUUUUAUUAUUAAUGCUGGAUCUGGGUUUAGAGCCCUCUGGAAAGCAAUCAGGGCUUUUCUUGAUCAACGCACAUUAACAAAGAUCCAAGUGCUGGGAAGCAACUAUCGAAGUAACCUGGUUGAAGUUAUUGAUCCAAGUAAUUUGCCAAGCUUCCUGGGUGGAAAUUGCACAUGUUCUGACUAUGGUGGUUGCUUAUUGAGUGACAAAGGACCUUGGAAUGAUCCAGAAAUUACGGAUAUGCUUGGGGCAUUGGGUGAAACUGAAGAAGAAAAUUAUAACGGAGAAGGGAAUGGUUUGGAUUCUAAAGGAGACUUGGAUUAUGAAACAGGAAGCCUCCGACUCAAGGAUGGCUACGACAUAACUGCAGAAAAAGAUGAUAUCCGGCAAUGUAUGGAAACAAAAGAUGAUAAGACCGUGUCUCCAAAAAUGCAGGCAUUAGAAGCUGCACUUAAAGAUGCCAAGAGAAAAAUCCAGGCAUUGGAAGUUCUGCUUGAGGAAACCAGGGUGGCCUUACAAGGAGUUGCACAGUAUAUAGAAGAUCUGAAAAAAUAAAGUUACUGGAGAGGAGAACGCCGACUGAAUUACUAAAUUGAUGCUGCUUACUUAACCCUUUCUCUUUCAUGUUUUUGAAUAUCGAAAAUGUUGGGGUAUUGACAAUCAGUCAAGGAGCUGUUAUUUUUAUUUGAAAAUGAAGAGAAGUUGAGUGCACUCUGAA